GCCCUUAACUUGAGCACAGCUACCUGUUUGCGGCCCCCUACUACUACGGGUUCUCCAACAACAGACUGCAGGCCUACUGCAAGCAGAACCUGGAGAUGAACGUCACAGUGGAGAACGUGCUACAGAUCCUGGAGGCUGCAGAUAAGACUCAGGCGCUGGACAUGAAGAAGCACUGCCUGCACAUCAUUGUCCAUCAGUUCAUCAAGGUGUCUCAGCUGCCCAACCUGCGCUCUCUGAGCCAGGUCCUGCUGCUGGACAUCAUCGACUCGCUGGCCGCCCAUAUAUCAGACAAACAGUGUGCCGAGAUGGGCUCCGACAUUUAGAUACGGACCCGCUCCCCUCCCCUCUACUCCGUCCCGUUUUGCCACUUUCAUUUUCACACUUGAGGUUUUUUCCCCUUAAAAUCUUUCUGUUGCUGCUCCCUGUUGGGCAUGCUCUUUCUCGCGUGUCUGGUCUUUAAGCACCUCAUGGGGGUCCUGCUGCCCGUUUGGGUCGUGCCAUAGCGGGAGGUCUGUCAGGGGGUGCCUGGCCAGAGGUGUCAUGUGGAGACCGUGGAAGA